AUGAGUGUGUUGAAGGUAGCUACAGAUAUUACUCAGGUUACAGUAACAUUGAUAGGACUACGUGAUCUGUGUGUGAUUUAUGGACCAGAAAUGUUUGGUCCACAUAUGGACUAUCUUACACAAAAAAAACAGAAUGAACAAAGUACAACUAUUCAACAACAGAUAGUUGCAUUGAUUGAUCAAAUUGAAGGAAGAAGUUUGGAAACAGUAGCCCAAGAUGUGAAAGAAACUCAGGAGGAUGUGGAACAAUUAGACGAAAGAGUGACCGGCACAGAGGUGGCUGUAGUAGGACUGACCACUCGAAUAGAUGAACAUGAUGAAAACAUUGAGGAAUUAGGGGAGGGGCUAGAUACUGUCACUCAGAGGGUAGACUUUGCUGAGAAAGAUAUUGAGGAGAUGAAAAUUAAAGUGGAAGAAGUUGACAUGAAGACAAUGACCAAUGCACCUCGAUGGUCAAGAGAUUUAACAAAGAUAAUGAAUCCACAAACAGAACAUGAUUGGAGAUUACUGGCCCAACGUCUUGGUUACAGUAACGAUGACAUCAGAGCGUGGGCAUCACAACAUGAUCCUUGUAUGGCUGUUCUCAGUGAAUGGUAUGUUACACACAAAACAAGGGAGGCAAACUAUGCUGUAUUAACAGCUUUACAGGAAAUGAACCGAAUGGAUGGUGCUGCUAUUGUGGAAAAUGCUAUGAAGGCAGUCGCUGAUGUUGUAGAAGAUGAAGAAGUAGAUUACGCCUCCCCUCCUGCUGUGUUCCUUAGUUACCAGUGGGGUCAUCAGGAUGAGGUCAAACUAAUCCGUAACCACCUACAAAUGGCAGGAUAUGAAUGUUGGAUGGACAUUGGUCAGAUGGGAGGAGGAGAUAAAUUAUUUGAGAAAAUUGACAAUGGUAUCAGAGGAGCAAAAGUCAUCAUUUGUUGUGUGUCAGAAAAAUAUGCACAGUCUCCAAAUUGUAAUAGAGAGGUAAAUUUAUCUGUAAGCUUAGGUAAACCAAUGAUACCACUGUUAAUGGAGAAAAUGGGUUGGCCACCUAAAGGAUCUAUGGGACCUAUCUUCAGCGAGUAUCUUUUUGUAAGGUUUUUCCAGAGAGCUGGAGAAGAGACAGAUGAUAACAGAAUUUGGCCUGUUGCCAAGUUCCAGGAAAUGCUGAUGCAGCUGAAUUGUUAUGGUAUUCUGCCUGAUGAAACAUUGCUUGAUGAUAUGUACAAGAAAUGGUGGAUACCAGUACAGGAAGUUAUAGUGAUAGACAAGAAUAAGAAGAAACAAAGUCAGAGCCAAGCCAAGCAGAAAGAAAUCAAAGACGAGGACAAGAAGUCACCAGAUAUCUUUAUAUCCUACCAAUGGGGUAAACAGAAACAGAUUAUGGCCUUUUACCAAAGAUUGACGGGGAUGGGUCUGAGUUGUUGGAUGGACAUCUACCAAAUGGGUGGUGGAGACUCAUUGAAUGAGAAAAUAGAUUCUGGUGUACGUGGGUGUAAGGUAGUACUUACCUGUAUCACACAAAAGUAUUCACUCUCAGCUAACUGUCGUAGGGAAGUGAGUUUGGCUGAUGCUUUGAAGAAACCAAUUAUACCAUUGCUAUUAGAGAAAAUGGAUUGGCCACCUUCUGGACCAAUGAGUAUGGUCUUUACCCAAUUAUUGUUUAUUAACUUUUAUCGUGAUGAAGAAGUACAAAUGACAUGGACUGGACCAAAAUUGGAUGAAUUAAUGGAGAAAAUAGGAGAACAUAUGCCAAUGAUUACGCAAAGUGAGCAUACAAAUGAAGAAAAACAAAGCACUAAGGAAGAAGAUAAUGAUGAAAAAUCUGGAAAUACAAAACCAGAGUUGAAACCUGCACAUCAGAGUAUGUCUCCAAAAUUGAAUGAAUUAAUGGAGAAAAUAGAUCAUAUGCCAAUGAUUACGCAAAGUGAGGAUACAAAUAAAGAAAAACAAAGCAUUAAGGAAGAGGAUAAUGAUGAAAAAUCUGGAAAUACAGAACCAGAGUCGAAACCUGCACAUCAGAGUAUGUCUCUAAGACCUGUCAGCUCCAGAAAUACCAGAGGGGCUGGUGGUCCACAAUCAACAGAGAACAAACCAUCUCCUGUAAGACAACCUAAGCCUGCCGCUGCCACCAACACAAUUGCUGAAUCUCCACCAGAGCCAGUGUAUCAAAAUAAAAAUGAACAGAACACUGCUCCAAAAAAGGAAAAAGAACAAAAGAAGUCCAAAUCUUGUACAGUUUUGUAAAUUUUUUAGGAGCAGCUUUAAAUGAUACAGUUUUUAACCUGCUGCAUUUGUUUGCACCUGUCCUAAGUCAGGAACCUGAUGUUCAGUGGUUGUCGUUUGUUGAUGUGGUUCAUAAGUGUUUCUCGUUUCUCGUUUUUUAUAUAGAUUAGACCAUUGGUUUUCCUGUUUGAAUGGUUUUACACUAGUCAUUUUUGGGGCCCGUUAUAGCUUGCUGUUCAGUGUGAGCCAAGGCUCCGUGUUGUUGGAGGCCGUACUUUGACCUAUAAUGGUUUACUUUUACAAAUUGUGACUUGGAUGGAGAGUUGUCUCAUUGGCACUCAUACCACAUCUUCUU